GGUGGAGCUUUCAGCUUCUGGCUCAAGUAGGUGUAGGGAACUAGAUCGUCCAGGAUGUAGCGGUGGAAGCGUCAUCCUUUGGGGUACGUUGAACGAAGCAGCUAACGAACCGAGGUCCGCCGAGACGCGCCAAAUCAGGUGUGAGGACUGGCGCAGGUGAAGCAAGAGGAGAAGACAUCUCUGAGAACUGCGAAGCCCAAGUCUAGAUCCAGGCUGGGUGCUUCUGUCGUUCAAGAGCACUAUUCCUUGGAUGAGGAGAGUUAACACUGAAAGGCACCUUCGAGAUUCCCUUACAAUGGAAGAAACUGAGGAUCUGAGGGGAAUAAAGAAACUGACUAAAAGCCACACAGGCAAUAAAUAGAGCAGGCAAGGUUUGGAGGCUGGAAAGGUUUGAAGCUGAAAGCUGGACUCCAACUCUCCAGGUCUACUUGGCCUUAGUCCCCAGAAUGGGCAUAAUUGACUUAACUUCAAGAAAAGGAAGCAUUGGUCUUUUUCUCUGAUAAAUUUAUAUUUGGAAACUUGUUUUUAUUGCUAUGAUAUUGGAUUUUAAAAGUAAUGGCCACAGAAUUUGUAAAAAGCUGCUGCAGAGGCUGUUUCUAUGCUUCCACAGAAAAAGACUCUAAAGUAGCAACUCCAGAAGGACAAAAUGUUACAUGUCUACCUCCAAUGUCUUCAGUGUCUGUUAAAUGUCAAGUUGGCUGUACAGAGGAUUAUCUCCUUUCCAAAAUUCCACCUGAUGGCAAAGAAGUGCCUUUUGUUGUGCCCAGAUUUAAAUUAUCGUAUGUUCAACCAAAGACUCAAGCAACUCCUUUACAUAUGGAAGAACUUCAAGGUUCUGCCAGAGCCUCCUUUAGAGACCGAAAAACAGAACUUUGUAGUUCACCCUUGGAUGGAUCUAAUUGCGACAUAUAUAAUCCAGUUUUCAUGCCUCAGCAUGUAUCACCUGACUUAAAGAGGCGAUUUCCUCCCAACAGUGAAGCUCUGAGGCUGUAUGGAUCAGUUUGUGAUUUAAGGAGCCCCAAAAUGCCUGGAUCCCCUGGACUAAGCAAAUCUAUGUUUGAUCUUACAGGUUCAUCACAGCGAUUCAUGCAAAGAUAUGAUUCAAUGUCCAGUGUACCAAGCAGUUCAUCUUCAAGGAAGAAUUCUCAGGGCAGUACUCGAAGCCUGGAUACAAUCACAUUAUCAGGAGAUGAAAGAGAUUUUGGAAGAUUGAACAUAAAAUUAUUCUAUAAUUCUUCAGUAGAUCAGAUUUGGAUCACAAUUCUACAGUGCAGAGAUUUGAGUUGGUCUUCCAGCUAUGGAGAAAAUCCUACUAUUUCUAUAAAAGGAAUAUUAACUUUGCCCAAACCAAUACAUUUCAAAUCUUCAGCCAAAGAAGGAUCCAGUGUUAUUGAAUUUAUGGAGACUUUUGUAUUUGCUAUUAAACUCCAAAGCCUGAAAACUGUUAGGCUGGCAUUUAAGAUCCAAACCCAGACUCCUAGGAAGAAAACCAUUGGAGAAUGCUCAUUAUCUCUCAGAGAGCUUAAUAUACAGGAAAAGGAUUACUGUUUGGAUAUAACACCUCCCUCAAAAGUUUCAGUGUGUCAUGCGGAACUUGAAGUAGGAACUUGUUUUCAAGCUGUCAACAGCAGGAUUCAGUUACAAAUUCUUGAGGCACAACAUCUUCCAAGCUCAUCCACUCCUUUAACUUUGAAUUUCUUUGUGAAGGUGGCAAUGUUUAGUUCAGGAGAUUUGAUUUAUAAGAAGAAAACACGUCUACUAAAAUCCAACAACGGUAGAGUAAAGUGGGGAGAAACAAUGAUUUUUCCAUUUACACAGAAUGAGAAAGAAAUUAAUUUUCUUAUCAAGCUUUAUAGUCGGAGCUCAGUAAGAAGAAAACACUUUGUAGGACAGAUUUGGAUAAGUGAAGACAGCAACUAUAUCGAAGCUGUGAAUCAAUGGAAAGACACAAUUGCAAAUCCAGAAAAGGUUGUUAUCAAAUGGCACAAAUUACAUCCAUCUUGAAGAUUAUAGCUAUGAGUUUGCUAGAGGACUUUGGAAUUCUUACAAAAAAUAUUUUGAUUUAAAAAACUUAAAAAUCAUUUUUGAAAGGGAAAAUCAUUGCCUUUCAUGGUAUUUCAUGUGUUGAAACCUCAUAAAUAGUGAUUGUAACCAGAAAAAGAAAGAUCUGUGCAAAUUAUUUCAGAUCUAUGAGAAAAUAGACAAUAAAAUGAAAGGUAGAUAUUAGUAAAGCAACACAAUAAACUUCAAAUGAGAUGAGAACACAGAAUACAGAUCUUGAUUUUCUGUGUUUACCAUUUUCCUAAAGCUCUAAUCAUAUUUUUAAAACUUCAUAUGUUAAAAUCAAGUCUUGGAUAACACUACUAUGAAACUGGAAAACUUUUGCUGCCAAAUACUUCAUUCAGAGUAAUCACUAUGUCUCUAUUUUGUGGGAUAUCUUCAUAUACAUCCUUUCUCCCAAAAGGCCAAAUAUUUUUAAUGAAAUAUUUUUCCCCUGACUUUUUCAUUCUCUGUGAAGAAAAGUUGACUCAUAUUUUAUAAUCUCUUUAUUCAUAAUGCAUGACAUUGCCACCUUGUAACAGCUGUGUGAUCUCCAAAAGCUAAUGGACCUUUACCCUAUGAAAUAAGAGCUUGAGUAAAUGAAAUUAAUCCUCAGAAGAUUGAAAUUUAAUUAAAAACCUAGGGUUCAUGGAUUUUCAGUGGCUUCCCAAUUUAGCUAAAUGUAUGUGCUUUCAUCCUUCAAGUAUUUUACUGAUCAUUUUGUAUUAAGUUAAAAUGAGAUCAACAUCCAUGUGGCCAAUCCUAAUUAAAAGAAUGAAGUGAGGAUAAGUGGAAAACUCAACAUUGACAUAAAAUCAUUUCCAUGUUUUUUUUUUUCCUUUUAAACAUGAAUCAUUUUUCUCAUGAGUUGGAAUAUUUGCUUAUGUUUCCAUACAGACAGGCAUAGUUACCCAAAGCUGAAAAUUUAUUGCAGGAACUUGUUUUCCAUUGUUCAUUAGAAUUCAUUGUAUAAGAAAUUUCAUCUUAGACAAAAGAAGUUGCUGGCAAAAAGAGAUGGAGAGAGAGACAGACAGACAGACAGACAGACAAACAGAUACAGACAUAGACACAAAGACUAAUGUAGACCAAGUGCUCUACAAUCACUUUGAUUUCUUCUCUUGACAGCUGUGAUUAUGAGCAUUCUGCCACAACUUAGCCAUGUAGUUCUCAUUUUAUUUCAUGUAUUUUUUAUGUAAUUACAGUUCAUUAAUAUUUUUUACAAACCCACUUACUACAAUACAUAUUUUCCACUGCAGCACUUGUUUUCAUUUACUAUCCCUUUUGUUUCUGCUUCUUAAGCUUUGCAGUAUCAUCAUGGAACUGGUCUGUACAAGGACAUCAGGGAUGGUGGUGGGAGGAAUUCCUUGACAUCCUGCAUGCUAGCCAAUUCUUUAUUUUCUCCACAAAAAAAAAAAAAAAAAAA